UUAUCCCAGUGAGAGGAGUUUGCUUCGGGUAAAAAGUGAUCGCAUUCGUUUUGGAACUGGGCAGCCAGAUUCCCCGUUCAAAGCCCACGGCUAAAUCUGUUCAAAACAAAAGUUAUGUAGCCUAGGCACCUGGAGAAAUGAGUAGGAUUGUGUGUUUUCACUUGCAAAAGUGAUUGUUUUUAAAAACGCGUAAAUGCCUUGCCAAUGAAAACUUGUUAGAAAAUUCCAAAAUAUAUUUUCUGGAAAAGAAAUGUAGGUUUCUGUAUGAUGCACCGUAUUGCCUUCUUGACAACAUUGACGCAGAUUACUGUUUGUUUUGAGAAGGGCGCUCCUCUCUCACCGUUUUUUCCCGUCACCGGCCAUAGACCGGUACACCGUGGCUCAGCUGGCGGCUCGUUAGCCCAACAGCAUUUGAGCCAGCAUUGCAUCAAGCGCACAAGAAAAAGUUGUGAGGUGACAAUCUAAACUGUGGUUCGGUCUCAAGGUUCAUUAAAAUAUCCUUCAUCAAUGGCUUUUUUUGUGAAAAAGAAGAAAUUCAAGUUUCAGACACAUUUGACAUUGGAGGAGCUGACCGCUGUGCCUUUUGUCAACGGAGUAUUGUUCUGCAAGCUGAGAUUGUUGGACGGUGGAGACUUUGUUGCAACUUCGUCAAGAGUGGAGGUUCAGGAGAACUGUGUUCGAUGGAAGAAGAGGUUCACCUUUUUGUGCAAAAUGAGUGCCACCCCGACAACUGGAGUGCUGGAUCCCUCGAUCUGUCGGGUUUCUGUGCGGAAGGAACUCAAAGGAGGAAAAACAUAUUCAAAGCUGGGUUUUACUGACCUAAACAUGGCAGAGUUCGCUGGCUCAGGCUCUGCGGUCCGCUGUUGUCUACUGGAGGGAUACGACACCAAGAACACCAGACAGGACAACUCCAUACUGAAGGUGACUAUCGGGAUGACCCUCCUCUCUGGAGAUCCGUGCUUUAAAACUGCCCCCAGCACAGCCAAGUCCAUCUCGAUCUCAGGCCAGGACCAUACCCUGCAGCUAGACUGUAAGGGUGAGGGCACUGGAACCCCUAACCGGCCCCCUUCUUUGGGCCGGUCCAUAAAGCCCAGACCCUCUGUCAUCAGCUCAGGACUUCCAGAGGAGCCAGACCAGACCCAGGUGGCCAGCCCAGGAGAAGUGUUCCAGUCGGGCCACUCUCGCAACUCCAGCUAUGCCAGCCAGCUGAGCAAGAUCUCAGGCUACAGCACAGAGCACUCCUGCUCCUCCAGUCUGUCUGACCUCACACACCGGAGGAACACCUCCACAGGAAGUAGCACCUCUGGGGGCCUGAGUGUGACCGUAGACACCCCCCCAGAGAGGGAUAGCGACAUCUGCCGGCCAGAGAGACCCCCUCGCCCCCCACGGCCCAUCCUGCCAUCCAACAGACCCCCCAGGAGGAAGCAGGAUUCUGUGGAGAGCCAUCCCUCCUGGGUGAAUGACACCCGCAUCGAUGCUGACGAUAUAGUUGAAAAGAUCGUCCAGAGCCAGAACUUUGGUGACAUAAGUAACACUGAAGACAGUAACCUGCGACUGUUUGUCAGUAGAGACGGGACCACUUCCCUGAAUGAGCUACAGCUUGGAAACAGGGUGUCCGCGGGUGUCUAUGAGCCAGUUGUGAUUGAGAGCCAUUAGGACUGGUGAAGAUGUGAGUUUAAGUUGAGGCCUCUGUGGUCAAGCUUGUGGACUAACUCUAGAAAUAUAUGGUAGUCAUCCUGGAGCACCAGCCGAGCUGGUUGCCAUGAGAGGAGGACUGUACCGCACAGUUUUCAUGUUUAGUUGUGGAUCUGUUUACCCUAUGGGGUCUGAUUUGUAAACUGUUCAGUUUUUGUCUGGUCAUUUUGCACUUUAUUUCUAAUGUGAUGUACCCACAGAAGAUGUGGCUUAAAUCUAAACUCAUUUCAGCUGUAUGUUGUUACACUAUCUUUGUUUCCAUGGUAGAUUUCUUGUCCUGUUGAUCAGGAAGUGACAUCAUGCAUUUCUCUAUCCUCAGCCUUUCCACAAAUAUUGAGAAAUAACGAUCGGACAAAUGUAAUACUGUAAAGAAAAUACCCAAUACACAUUGUAUGCGCUACUUUAGAAUGUAUUUUUCUCAUACAUGACCCAAAGCACCAGAUCAUCUCUGUGAUGACAGUGCUAGUCACUAUUGGAGGAGAGCUGGUGAUGGAGAAGUGGGAAGGUUCUCAGCACAGUCUGACUGGUUUCAAUCCCAUUUAGAUUGUAGUACUCUGGCGCCCCCUUGUGAAGAAAUGGCCUGCUGAGGGAUGUCCCCAAAAAACUGGUAGCUCCUAGCCUGUUCUGUUUAGUGUUUACAGAUCUCAAGGAACUGGGUAGGUGUAGUAAUAUGGGGAAAGUUUUAUAUGCUAUAAGUUCUAAACCCAUUUAGAUGUCUAUUUGGUGCUGUCUGAUUCUCUCAGAUCUGCAAACACCAAAGGGGUAAGAAGCUAGGGGUCAGACUUGACAGUACAUAUUCAGAGGUCUUUUACACUGGCAGAUGUCGUCAAACAUUAUCUUAUGAAGGAUCAUUCAUCAUUUGUUUGUUUUUCCAACCAGCUUGCUGGUUUGUUAGAUUUUUUUAAAUGGAAUUUAUCAAGCACUACAGAGGUUUGGAAGGUUCCCUGUUUAUUGAUUUUAUAGAAUUACAUUCUCAAUGAUGUUGAAAAAUACAGAACAAAUUGUUUUCCUCCAUAUCUGAAUGUAAACUGUGAUAUACUUUUUCUAUCAUAUGUGACUAAUAGAGCUGUUGUUAUGGACUGAAUUCUUGGAGGUUUGAUACACUUGUUCAGAGUUAACAUUUUGCAAUUUGCUGAUAGAUAAUAUCUAUCAGUUGUCUGCCUAUGAAUGUGUUAAAUGAGAUUCUGUAUUUAUUGCUGUGCAUUAUGUACAAAAUAUCAGUUAUCACAUAGGGCUAAUAUUGACCACAGCUGGGUUUACAUUGGCUGGUCUCAGGUGAUGUGUGACGUUCAUUGCGACAGCACUUUAGAUUGAAUUUUUUUUAUUUUUAAUUUCCGUUCUUCUUUCCUGUGUUUGAAGGGGGGUUUAAGCUAUACACACAACCCCAGUGUCCUACACAUUGAUUAGCAUUUUGUCUAAUCUGUAAAAAAAUAAAUUAAUCUUAGAUUGUCAUUUUAACAAAUGCACAUGUAUACUAGAUUCUAAAAUGAACAAUAAUCUUGGUCUAUUUUUGUGAUCCUCCCUAAAUGUUUCAUGAACAAUAAUGUAUUUGAUAUUUUUUCUUUUUUCAAUCUUUAAUCUAAAUGAAGCAAUGACUUUGUUUAAAAUGUUAGUCUGGUUGUUAGUUAUGCUGUUCAAUGCUAUCCAACUACUAUUAUUAACCCCAUUCAUUAACAAAUAGAAAAUCAUGUCUCCUAAAUGAAUAUCAGUCACAUCACUGGAAAUAUAAUCGAUCUCAAGCCCAGGUUUCCCUCAGUGUCAUUUCAUAUGCAGUAGCUUUGUGUCAUCUUCCACUUUCUCCUUCCCCAUGUAUCCAAUAUCCCAUGCUUCACAGGGUUUCCUCUUGCAGGGAGAUGUAUCUUCUCCUCCUACCCCCUCUGCGUUCAGUGAACAUGUAACAGAGCAUGCACCACAGACUUUCCUCUGGAGCGAUCUGCACUCCACUGCCUGUCCUGAAUGGCCGCAGAGCACAGGACCCUGUAGAAAGGAGCACAGAGGAGAGGGAAGGAGCACAGAGGAGAGGGAAGGAGCACAGAGGAGAGGGAAGGAGCACAGAGGAGAGGGAAGGAGCACAGAGGAGAGGGAAGGAGCACAGAGGAGAGGUUAGAAGGGGCUCAAAAGAGGGCACACGGUAAUAUAGUAAGGCACCUGCUGUCACCGGUCUGUAUCUACAUGUGGAUACACUGUAUUUACCGAGGAUAAAGUAGGCAGUGGCGCUGAGGGAGAGGAUGAUGAGGAAGAUGGUGCCAGGACCCACGUCCCCCAGGGCACAGGCGUUUGGACAGGCACAGGGACUCUCCACCCAGAUUUGCAGGGGAAUGUCUCCAUCAAAGUGUAGGGCGAAGUAAGUGGAUCUGUUGGGACUACAGCGGUAGUGUACUACUGUCAGGGGGUGGGUGUACUCUAGGACUAGAGAAAUGGAAAGCUGAUGUCAAUGUUGAGCGCACGGACCAUAAUAAUAAUGACACUUCUGAUUUACACUUCUGCUUACCAGAAUAUGAAACGGACAGUGUCUGCAAGCUGCUGUUGUAAUGGAAUUCGUUGCCCUCAUGUCUCCCAUAGUUUAUGUAAUGACUGAUGUAUCUGCUAUUUCUGUAAAACCUGCUCAGUAAAUGAAUAAUUGAUUAA